AUGGAGUUUACAAAACUAGUAAUGUUCUGUUUAGGUCUUUGUGUGACGGAUUGUGCCACUUUGGGCUCCAAUGGCUACCACUGCACGUUUCCGACCCAGUGGCAGAGUCGAGUGUACAUGGACUGCGGGGCGAUGAUUUGGAUUGCGGAACAGAUGAACGCCACCGGUACCUACUUUUACGAUUUCCCAAACCAACAAAUGAGACUGGACAUUUCUGGUUAUGCGCUAGGGAAUUAUCACUUCUCGUUUACCUUUAUUUGGAAAUUCCAUGAGGGAGCGGUCUAUACCAUAGACAACAAUAACAGUACUUGUGACAGAGAGGCGGACACCAUUCAAGUAUGGAAUCAGUGGGCCGGAGUACCCCAGGACGCUGUGGGCUUGACGUUCGGUGGAUUGGGUGAUUAUAAAGUGAUAACAGCACGGUACUCCCUGCUCAGAAAUGCUGGUGAUACCAACGCUGUGGUCACACUGGAUGUUAAAGAAGGUAGUGUCUGUUCCCCUCUGCGCGUGUCAUUCCAAGAUGAACACCUGGAUCCUAUAUCUGGGGAAAUGGUUAAUUAUGAAUUUCUGGACGCCAUGCCACUCAGUGAUCCUGCUGUGUUUAGGACCCCAGCACACUGUGCCAAUAAUACCGUACAGGAUCACAGUUUCAUCAGGAGGCUACUUCCUCGCCGACGCUUUGGGUUAUUCAUGGGAUAAUUCAAAUAAAGA